AAAGUAAUAUUAACUAGAUAAUAAACUAUCUAUUUGUCAACAUGGCUCCGCGAAUUAUCUUGUUGUUUAGUGGCAAAAGGAAGUCUGGGAAAGAUUACUUGACCGACCACUUGCAGAAGUUACUGGGAGACCGAUGUGAAGUGAUAAAGAUAUCUCAGCCUAUAAAGAGUCAUUGGGCGAAGGAGAAGAAUUUGAAUCUGAAUGAGCUGCUGAGUGACAGCGAAUACAAGGAGCAGCACAGAUUGGAAAUGAUAAAGUGGAGCGACGAGAUGCGAGACCAAGAUUAUGGCUGCUUCUGUAGAGUUGCUUGUCAAAAUGCCACAGACAGACCGAUAUGGAUAGUCAGCGACAUCAGACGCAAAACUGACAUCUGCUGGUUCAAAGAAACCUACAGGGAUCUCAUCAGAACGAUCCGUAUAACUGCAGAUGAAGAUACCAGAGUCAAAAGAGGAUACAAGUUCAAGGAAGGCAUAGACGAUGUCGCUUCAGAGUGUGACUUGGAUGAUUAUACUCUGUGGGACCUGGUCAUAGAUAAUGGGAAGGGAAGAGACCAGCUGCAGGAACAGUUAGGCAGUAUUCUGGGAUUAUUAUCCCACUUAUGAUUUAGAUCUGACUGUGAAGUGAAAUAUAAGAUUGGUAUGGUAUUACACUGUUU